AUGGAGAAGGACACGGAGGUUGCGACGGAGGCGGUGACGGAGCGUGACAUCCAGCACAUCGUGUCAAUGCGCACAGGCAUCCCGGUGGAGAAGAUGUCCAAGGGAAUGCAGCAGCGGCUGCUGCUCUUGGAAGACGAGCUGCACAAGCGCGUGGUUGGUCAGGACGCUGCGGUCACUGCCUGCGCACAGGCGAUCCAGCGCUCGAGGUAUGGACUCAGUGAUCCCAGCCGUCCCAUUGCCUCCUUCCUGUUCCUCGGGCCCACAGGUGUCGGCAAGACCGAGCUGGCAAAGACCUUGGCGAGCCAACUCUUCGACUCGGAGGAGGCGAUGAUCCGCAUCGACAUGAGCGAGUACAUGGAGCGCUUCGCGGUGUCGCGGCUCAUCGGGGCGCCCCCGGGCUACGUGGGCUACGAGGAGGGCGGUCAGCUUACGGAGCCCGUGAGGCGCCGGCCCUACAGCGUGAUCCUCUUUGACGAGAUGGAGAAGGCGCAUCCAGAUGUCUUCAACUUGCUGCUGCAGAUCCUGGACGAUGGGCGCUGCACAGACUCCCAGGGCAGGACGGUGGACUUCAAGAACACCGUCAUCGUCAUGACCUCCAACGUGGGCAGCGAGUCCAUCGCGGCGAUGUCGGACCCGGCGGAGGUGCAGGCGGCAGUGAAGGACGCCAUGAUGCGGAGCUUCCGCCCGGAGCUGCUGAAUCGCGUGGACGAGAAGAUCAUCUUCAAGCCCUUGGGCAAGGAGGAGUUGAAGCAGAUUGCCAGGCUGCAGCUGGAAAGGGUCCAGGAGCGAUUGAAAGACAGGUCCAUCACCUUGGAGGUGUCGGAGGAGGCGCUGGAGCUCAUUGCGGAGCGGGGCUACGACCCCGCCUUCGGCGCGCGGCCCAUCAAAAGAUCCAUCGUGGCAAACGUGGAGACGCCGCUGGCGCAGCUGGGUUUGGCCGGGGAGUUCCAGGACGGCGAUACCGUCCGUGUGGAGCUCAAAAACGGCGACCUGGACUACAGAAAGGUCUUCUUCGGCGUCGCCGCGUGA